CUUCCUGACUAUAUAUAUUCUAAGAUCCAUUCAGGUAAUUUCCUUCCUACAUGUUUCAGACCAUACACAAAGAGAAGAAAGAAAUUUUUGAUAAUUCAAACAUAACCUAAUAUGUGCAGCAUGUACAAAUAUCAACAAAUAUUUUAACUUUUUUUUAUUUAACAGUUAACAUGGGAAGCAAAGGAAAACUAAAAGAAGCGUUUGAAGUUGAAUCAAAGCAUGGUGCCUUCUAUACUGGCGGAAAUCUAGAGUGGAUAGAGAAUAUUCUGUAUUGUCAGACUAAUUCAAGUAUUAAUUUAUUAAACAUAGACACAGGUUUAAUUGAUAAGUCAAUUGGAGAAGAAAAUACGGAAGAGAAUGACGACAUACAAACAUUUACAACAAAUGGGCAGAAAAUUGUAAGUUCCCAUAAAAGUGGACUAUUAAAACUAUGGAAUGAAAAAGGAGAGUUAGAAAAAAUGUGGAAAUAUAUACAUAAAGGUCCUAUUGCUAAAUUAUCUAUAAAUAAUGAAAAGUUAGCUAGUGGGGGCUGUGAUGGUAUUGUAAGAUUAUGGGACUUAGAAAAUCACGUUUGCUUACUUAGUUUAAAAGGUUGUCAAGGUGUCGUUAAUAUUGUUGAGUUCCAUCCAGACCAAAAUCUCUUAUUUGCUUCAGGAGAUGAUGGAAAAAUCAAUUGUUAUGAGUUAUCAAAAGGAAAUUUAAAUUAUAUCUAUUCAGGGCAUUAUAGUAAAGUUACAGGAUUUGUAUUUUCUCACACUUCACAUUUUGUAACAUGUGGCAGGGAUAAAGUGAUUAUAUUGUGGGAAUUUGAAAAAAUAGAACCAUUAAAAAUAAUUCCUCAGUACAGUGCUGUAGAAAGUAUAGUAGGUUUACCUCUCAAAUUUAAACUUCCUGGGUUUAAGUCAGAGGCAGAAGGGAUAUAUGUGGCCUCAGCUGGAGAAAAUGGAAUGGUUCAAAUUUGGGAUAUUAAAAAAGCUAAACAAGUUUACAUCCAAGAAAAUUCUUUAGUAAGUCAAGCUUCUGAGGAGGGUGGCUUAGCUGUAACAUUACUUAGGUGUAAUACUAAAUCUAAAUCACUAGCUGUUGUUACAGUAGACCAUAAUAUUAUCAUCCAUCAUUUAAAAUCAUUUGUCUGUUUAAAACAAUUUCCUGGUUUCUCUGAUGAGAUCCUGGAUAUUGUCUUUGUAGGAAAAGAUGAUUCACAUUUAGCAGUAGCCACUAAUUCUAAAGAUAUCAAACUAUAUGACAAUUGUUCUAUGAAUUGUAAUAUUUUACGAGGACACACAGACAUAGUUCUUUCCUUAGCUACAACUUUAGCUGAUCCAAUUUUAAUGCUAUCUUCUGGAAAAGAUAAUACUGUAAGAUUAUGGAACAUUGACAGUAUGACUUGUAUUGCUGUGGGUUUGAGACAUACAGGAUCUGUAGGAUCAGUUGCUUUUAGCCAAACUGACUGCAGCUUUGGAGUAUCUGUUAGUCAAGACAUGUGUCUGAAAAUAUGGGAAAUCCCUAAAACAGUAAAAAUAUCAAGUGAUUUAAAUUGUGUUCAAACAGUUCUAGCCCAUCAAAAAGAUAUAAAUUGUGUAGCAGUGUCACCUAAUGAUAAAAUAAUAGCUACAGCUUCACAGGAUAAAACAGCUAAACUUUGGAGCACUACCCUGGAAUUAAUUGGUACUUUGAAAGGUCAUAAAAAGUCCCUUUGGUGCAUUCAAUUUUCACCAGUAGAUCAAGUAGUUCUUACUUCAUCUUCUGAUUCUACAAUUAAGAUGUGGUCUAUAGCUGAUUUAAGUUGUCUCAAGACUUUUGAAGGUCAUGAUGCUAGUGUUUUAAAAGUACAUUUUCUUUCCGCUGGUAUGCAAAUUCUAAGUGCAGGCAGUGAUGGAUUGCUAAAACUAUUUUCUGUGAAAACUUCUGAAUGUACUCACACUUUAGAACAACAUGAAUCACAAGUUUGGGCUGUAGCUAUCAAACGGGAUGAAUCCGGCAUUGUAACAGGAGGCAAUGACUCUAUUUUGAUAAAGUGGAAAGAUGUGACAGAAGAAAUUAAACUCAAAAAAAUGCAAGAAGCAGAAGAAUUGGUUCUUCAAGAGCAAAAAUUAAAUAAUUAUUUAAUGGAUGGAAAAUAUUUGAAGGCCUUAAAAGAGGCUUUAAAAUUGAACAAGCCAUUCCAAGUUUUAAAAAUAAUACAAAUAAUUAUAAAAAAGGGUGACACUGGUUUAGCAGACACUAUUAAGGGCUUAAGGAAUGAUCAAAAAGACAAUUUACUUAAAACAGCAAUUACUUGGAAUAUGAAUAGCAAACAUUCUCAUCCUGCACAACUUGUAAUUAAUAUUUUAUUAAAUGAAAUGCAAUGCGAGAAUUUUGUACCUUCUGGACUUAGUUCGACACUUGAAGGAGCUCUUCCCUACACAGAGAGGCAUCUGAGAAGAUUAACACAAUUAAUGCAAGAUUUGCAGUUUAUUAAUUAUGUUGUUAAAUGUAUGAAACCACAUUCUGAAGUACUAUAAUAAUUGUAUUUUUGUGAGUAAACAAUUGUUUUUUAAUGGAGUUUUAUUUUAUGGUCAAAUUAAGGCAUUGAAGAU